UUUUGGGUACAUCACAGAUUUUAGGACGUGAUUUAUAUUAACUAAUGAACUAAGAUUUCAAUAAAACAUUUGAUAAAGCACAAAUUUUGGAGAUACAUGUUUUGUAUGUAUACUUGUAAUUAAAAAUAGCUGCACGUAAUUACAUCUGUAAUACAUUUCUGUAAUUGCAGACAGUUGACCUGACCACUCUUAAACCUAACCAUUUCCACUAUUUAUUUUUCCUUAAAUACAUACUGAAAAACACCUAGUAUAAAGCAGGCCUGUUUCUUCGAAUCCCAUACUGAUGUCUUUAGGUAUAUCAAAAUUUACCAGUACUGACAAACUGAAAACAAAGGUUGUUUUCUAUUUACUGCUCUCUUUCUGAUAAACAUCCUCUGUAUCUAUUCUGACUGAUAACAUUUGACUUACAGCAGACAAAAUCCUCCCCUGUUCUCACUAACAACUGACUUUUGUUUGUGUAAGUGCAUUUUGCUUUAAGUUUAUCCGACACUGUGUUGCGUUAUGGAGCACAGAGAGCAAGUCUGGCAGAUGCCAGGUUAUCAGCACCAGUCUAUUGACAGAGACGGUCACUACAGAUCCUCUCACCAAACACCAUACUACUACCCACCUACAGACCCGAAGCUAUGGCCAGUCCUCCUCCUAAGCCAGAGCAUAUAACUGGAUAUAGCAGCAUUUAUGCAUCAAACCAACCAUAACACUUCAGACAUCUCUCCAGGCAGGAAUAUGACGUCCCCGCCUCCAGCUACUGGCCCUACAGAGAAGACUAUGGGUAAUUCUCUGUGACACACAUAAACAGCAGGAUAUGAGAGACUCUCCUGGACCACUGGCUAGGAGAAAAUAAAUGGGACUUUUACUUCCAGAAUCCAGCUGUUGCACUCGGGAAGAUUGCCAUUAACUUUGCCCUCCAAAUGUCAGAGAAAUGUCUGUAGAAUGAGAAAUUAGAGGCUGCCACUUCUGCUUCCCUCUUGUGGCAUCUACUAAUAUUGCUGUGCAGACAGAAUGGAAGGAUCAUGGGUUCAGAUGUCGCAGAACUGCUGAUGAGGGACUCCAGUUCUUUGGGUGCGUGUGGGGUCUCUGGUGAGCCUGCAGAUGGAGAAACCCUCAUUGAUCUGAGUGAAACACCCACUCCAGAAAAAGAGAACCUCAACAUUAGUCAUGCUUUAUUUCUGGCCAGCGAAAUGGACUGCAGAUCCUUCAACACGGUGCUGAGCAGGUUUACAGGCAGUCUGGCUCCUAGUGACCCUCUGCAAACCCUCUUCCAGCUGCUGUCCGGGAGGAUUCCAGCUGUUUCCAUGUCCUGGAGUCAUGAAAAGUGGGGAGACUGGCAACCACAUUUUGCUGUUUUGCUGUCCAAUGAGACAGGAGACCCCAUUAUACAUCACAGGUUCAUCAUCACCUUGGGUGAUACCCUAGCCUCCAAGGAUAUGCUGUAUGCUUUCCAGAUCUGCUACCUCACAGCUCAGUGUCCCUUUGGCUGGUAUACAAACAAAUCUGAAUGCCUUGUGCUUCUGGGCAGCAAGCAAAGUGUUCUGUUUUCCAAGUUCUGUCACAACUCAGCUAUUCGCUGUACUGAACUCUUUGAGUACUGCCAGAGGCUUGGAAAUUCUGUAUUUUUCAUUCCUGUGUAUAAAUUCCUAUAUGCAUGCAGGUUGCUGGACUGUGGUCUGGUUUCUCAGGCCUUCCACUACUGUAAGGUGGUGGCAAAAGCUCUGCUCAAGAUAGAGGAACCCCAUUUGGUGCUGCUGGGAGAGCUUAUUAAAGUAACACACACCUGUACAUAUGGUGCUAACACCGAUGCUGUAGGCAGCUUUGUCCUUUUUGUGUAUGUGUUGAAAAGUGUUUUGAGGGGAGAUACUGGAGUGAAACAUAUCAGUCACCAGUUGGAGAGACUACUUGGACUCAUGAGGAGAAAGGCUUCCAGACAGAUGCCGUUAACCACUGAAAACGAACACUCAAAACCAUCUCAAACUAUGAUACUGAACACUGAUGCCCGGUUUCAGGAAUCUUACUAAGUGAGCUACUCUUACUCUUCUGAAGAACAGGCUCCUGAAACUAUGGCCCCAGUGUCACUGUACCCGACCCAGCAACCAAUCAUACUGCCCCCAGUGUUCCCACAUGCGCGACUUUAAGUGCUACUUUGUGACGUGUACAUUGUAACGGUACAUUGUAACUAUGGGAGUACAGCUAAUUUGCCGUAGUCGCUAGGCUACUAGGUGACAGAUUAAACGGGUCCCUAAUUAAGGUUCUUAAUUGAGGAGUAAUCACCUGCAGAGGAACUCAGGGAUGGACUUUCAGCUUGGUGACUAGUUUUCACAUGACCAAGGGAUUCCUUGGACACACCCAUGCAGUUCCCCUAGAGGAGGUCAGAGGAGCGUCUGUAUCUUUACGUACAGUAACAUCUGUGGUUACAGAAAUACACUGAGGACAUAGAGGUCUUUAAAUAAUCUGUUAAGUGUUUGGUGCCCAGUCUUCUUUGACUGAAGACACCGAACAGCUGAGGCAUAGCUCCCCAUGCUGACUCCAGAGAUUUGUGUCAUUCCCUGUGGGGCCAGGGGCAUGAUGGAAAUGGGUGCUGAGUAAAGGUCCUGUGACCUAUGGAAACAUGAACUUAAAACGUCUCCACAGUUGGCAGUGUCAGUAAACUGUAUAACAUGUAACACUUCCAUCCCUCAUCCCACCUCCCCACACGCAAAGUUAUUUUAAUAAUUUAAGUGGCUUUUGACAAUUCAGAUGUUCAAGAUAUGGAGCCAGACAGUAGUGAAGAAGUGGGAAAUGUUGUAAUUAUACAGGAAGACCCUUUUGGCCGCCACUGCCUUAGUUUAUUCCAGAGGGAGAGAUACUGAUGAUUUAUUCAAUACCUCUACCAAAAAUGUAUUCGAUUGUUUUAAAAAUUUCUAAUAAAAAUCAAUACUAUUUGUGUAUGACAAUGUAUUUAAUUAACAAGUAACAAUAUAAUUAGUCAACUAAAAAUAUGAAAAUAUGUAGGACAGUGGAGUUUGUCAAGAUGCCAUCUUCUUUUACCAUGAGUUUGCAGAUCUGGCAGAAGAGGGACAAAUGUUAGCAGAAGUGUGGAACUCUGGGAAUUAAGUCUUCUGUCCUCAAGAAAGACAUACAGAGGGAAUAACAUAUUUCCAACAACAUUCACUAUUCCAACACCCUCCCAUGUUUCUAAUAUCACAUUUCACACAUGAAUCCACAAACAAAUCUGGAUUUUAUUAAUUCUGUCUAAGUUUUAACUGCAUAAAAGAAGAGGUCAUAAAUAAUUUAAUUCACCAUAUAACAUGUACCACCAGCCCAAUUUCUGCAACCUCAAAAUACAAUUACACAUUUUCUCCUACUGCAUACAUAUAGUACCAAAAUAUAGUACCACCAAAUAGUAAUAUCAAAUAGCUUUAACAACAUGUUUUCUAACUUGAAAUAACACGAUGCAUGCAACAACUCUAAGAUAAUUCACAAUAUUCCUUAUCACUUUCUCUCACAAACAGAAUCUACCUUGUUUGGCAGGAUGCCAUAAGCUUCCAAUAACAUUUUAGAAAUGGGUCACCAGUUUGUUUACUUUCAACAGUGGUCCCCACAAUUUCCUGCAGUUAACACUAAUAAAAAUAGGCACAAGUCUUAUCAAAUGUUUUUUUUUAUUUUUUAUUCUAGCUAAAUAUAACCAUGUUGUUAAGGCUGAUAGUUAGUUAGAUAGAUAGAUAGAUAGAUAGAUAGAUAGAUAGAUAGAUAGAUAGAUAGAUAACCCAGGCUUACUUGCUAUCCUCCAGUUACUUCAGUAACAGUACUUAGGAAAUGCAAGUCUCAGCGUCAGCAUGGCUCUGCAUGUGUUCUGUAAGCAGGGAAUCCUGUGGGAAAGAUUUACUGCACUGUCCACAUACAAAGAUUGUGCCCUCUUCAUGCUGCUUCUGAUGCCUCUUGAGUGCUGCGAGGUAGCUGAAUGACAUAUCGCAGCCUUGGCAGUGAUAGGGGCGGACAGCUGUGUGAAUACGCUGGUGUCGCACUAAACGGGACACCAUGGCGAAUGCCACUCCACACUCAGAGCACUUGUGUGGCCGCACUCCACUGUGAACUGUGAGAUGUUCAGCAAGGUUGGAGGACUUGGUGAAAGCUUUGGAGCAAACGGAGCAGGUGUAGGGACGCACACUGCUGUGGAUUUUUCUGUGCUCUGUCAUGCGACUGGCCAGGGCAAAUGCUUUCCCGCACUCCGGGCAAACAAAGGGCCUCUCACCCAAAUGCUUGCGCUCAUGACGGAGAAGAGAUAGGGGUUUGUUAAAGGUUUGACCACACUGCUUGCAGAGAAAUGGCUUGUUGUUGGUGUGCAUGUUGCGCUCAUGCUUCCGCAGGUCCGAGGAACGCACAAAGUCCUUGCCACAUUCCUCACAGGUGUACGGCUUCUCUCCGGUAUGCGUUCGGAUGUGUUUGCGGAAGUCAGAGGACCAAAUGUAGCUUUUCUCACAAAAUGGGCAUUGGUACGGUCUUUCGCCUGUGUGUAGCCGCUUGUGCUGCUGAAGAGUACCUUGGUGCGAGUAGGCCUUCCCACACAGGUCACAAACAUGUGGUUUAAGACCUUGGUGAGUAUCGAUGUGGCUGAAAAGGUUGCUAGACCUUUUGAAAGCCCAGUUGCAGUAGGGGCACUUGUAUGGACGGUUUUCCGUGUCUCCCUCCAUUCCUCUUUUCUUCAUGCCUGCAAAGACAAAAUGUCUUUUUAAAACCUGAAUCUGAGAAGAAUUCAGGCUGUGCGCUCUGUUACCCUCAACCUCGCAUUCAUCCCCCACAGUCUCCUGCUGAUCUUGUGGAAUCGCUGCCAGAUCAUAUGGCGUAGUGAUUUCCACCUCCUGCUUCACUUUCAUGUUGGUGAUGCUGGUCGCUUCCAAGUGCUCAUGAUUCAGUCGGGAAUCAGAUCCAGGCUCAGGGUCAGAUCCAGGCUCAGCCUUCACAUGAGUAACAUCCACUCCUCUUUCCUUUUCAGAGGAUUGUUCAGAAUAUCUCUCAUGAAGGUGGCAUGUAGCUUGACUUCUAGGAUUCUCUUGGAUUCUUUUGUUUUUACUUUCAUCCCAAUUGGCAGAAGCACUGAUGCCCUCUUCACUGGGUAGAUUAAAGCUUGUUUUCAUAGUGUCAGUAAUGUUACUCUCCACAGGCAGAUAAUGCCUCUUGCUGAUGAGACUCUUUCUAAUACUUCGUUUUGAUAUAUAGACAUUAUCUUUAAAAGCUGUUGAAACCCACAGGUCAUUCAUUUUAGCCAUUGUAGAUGAUUUCUUGAGUGGAAUUUAGUGCAUCAACCUUUAUUAACAAAUUGAAAUGUUUGUUUAACAAUCCCUGAAAAAGAAAAAGCAUAAGUUUAGUUGUCAGAUUUAUAUACAAUAUCUUGAAAAAUACAGUUAAUCUGAAUUUUAUAAACUGUGAAAUUUAUAGACUGAUACUUUAUACCUCAAACUACAAAAUAAAUAUAACAUCCUGCUGCCCUACAUUGAACAAGAGUUUUGGAUAUAACAAAUAUCAAGAUAUCAAGAAGCCAAAAUUCACUACAAUGCUGGUAACCCUCCUUAUAUAUCAACUGAAUUAUACAUCAGAUGCAAUCAAUUUUAAGAGGCCCUUUUAGGCUAUGAAUUAACUCUUGGAUUUUUGAAUAUGGUGGCAUAAUGAAGCUGUUAAGGUUUCCAGCAUAAUUUAGACUAACUGGAAACCAUCCAGCAGAUCCUCUUUGAAGAGUUACACACUCUUUGAGCCAGCAAAGAUGUUGUUCUCAGCAGUCAAAGUGCAUAGUAUGUCCUCUCAAGAACCAUUAAAACAUCUCACACAUGAAGAGAGUCUCUUACCUUGGCAGCACCAAGUACACCAAUGGUGAUUUCAAAGAGUGCAAUUAAUCCACUUCCUCUUCAUGGUGGACGUUUAGAUACCAUAGGAGGAGCCAGAACACAGUUAGACUUACUUCACAUGGGGGAGUGCAACAUCUUUUUAGAAGUGAUCAGCACUUUAGCAAAACCAUUUGCUGUCAGGAAAGAUCAAGUCAUUGACACUUUCACCCAUGACAGAUUUGAGGUACAUGGGAUAUUUACCACAUAAACAUGAAUGCAGUUAUAACCUACCAGGAUUGUUUUUUUUGUUGUUGUUGUUUUGCAGGCUGUAGCAAAAUGUAAAUAAUUAAUCUUGUUUUUUCUGCCUAUAUUUUCAUAAGUAAAAUGAGCCAUCUUG